AUGUCAUUCUCAGAUUUCUCAAAAGUUGAAUCAAUUGCUUCAUUAAACAGCUUUUUAGCUGAAAACUCAUACAUCCAAGGUAAUGCUGCUACCCAAGCUGAUGUCACUGUUUACAAAAACUUCCAAAAACAAUACCCAGCUUUAACCAGAUACUUAAACCACAUCGCUUCAUUCUCUGAAGAAUUUGAAAAAUUACCAGCUGGUGAAGUUCCAGCUUCAAAAGAAGCUGCUGAAGAAGAAGACGACGAUGAAGUUGACUUAUUCGGUUCAGAUGAUGAUGAAGUUGAUGAAGAAGCUGAAAAAAUCAAACAAGAAAGACUUGCUGCUUACGCUGCUAAAAAAGCUGCUAAACCAAAAGCUGCUGCUAAAUCCCUUGUUACCUUAGAUGUUAAACCAUGGGAUGAUGAAACUGAUUUAGAUCAAUUACUUGCUAACGUCAAAUCCAUUGAACAAGAUGGUUUAGUUUGGGGUGCUCAUCAAUUCAUCCCAGUUGGUUUCGGUAUUAAAAAAUUACAAAUCAACUUGGUUGUUGAAGAUGACAAAGUUUCAUUAGAUGAAUUACAAGCUUCUGUUGAAGAAGAUGAAGACCAUGUCCAAUCUACCGAUAUUGCUGCUAUGUCAAAAUUAUAA